UGGGGCCCAUGCCUUGCCAGACAGAGUCAGUGAAGCAGCAGGACUUGAGGCAAGCCUUCCAUGCCUAAGACUAAGAAAGACACUCUGGAAUCCACGAUGGACAGCCUCCUGAUGAAGCAGAGGAAGUUUCUUUACCAUUUCAAGAAUGUCCGAUGGGCUAAGGGUCGCCACGAGACCUACUUGUGCUACGUGGUGAAGCGGCGGGAUAGCGCCACGUCCUUUUCACUGGACUUCGGUCACCUUCGAAACAAGAACGGCUGCCACGUGGAGUUGCUCUUCCUCCGCUACAUCUCCGACUGGGACCUGGACCCUGGCCGGUGUUACCGCGUCACGUGGUUCACCUCCUGGAGCCCCUGCUACGACUGUGCCCGGCACGUGGCCGACUUUCUGAGAGGGUACCCCAACCUCAGUCUGAGGAUCUUCACCGCGCGCCUCUACUUCUGCGAGGAUCGCAAGGCUGAGCCAGAGGGGCUGCGGCGGCUGCACCGCGCGGGGGUCCAGAUCGCCAUCAUGACCUUCAAAGAUUAUUUUUAUUGCUGGAAUACUUUUGUGGAAAAUCGUGAAAAAACCUUCAAAGCCUGGGAGGGGUUGCACGAAAAUUCCGUUCGACUAUCCAGACAGCUUCGACGCAUUCUUUUGCCCCUGUAUGAGGUUGAUGACUUACGAGAUGCAUUUCGUACUUUGGGACUUUGAUAUCAACCUCCAAAAAUGUCACUUACAAUGAACCAUCUCUGAAGACUGUGGGUAAAAGGAUAAUCUUUCAAGAAUUCUGUUUUUCUUCAGCUCUCAUUUUCUAAAGAGUUUAGAGAGAAAAUAUUUAUAUACAGGACUUUGUUUAAAAAACCGUCUUGAAAGUACAGAAGGAACUCAGGCCCUCCAGGGUAAUGCUGCAACUGGUGUAGCGUUUAAUGCAACAACGCCCCCUACUGGGAAAUGACAGAUUGCAGGGCCUGGGAGCGCCUAAAGUGUCUUCUAUGACUUAGGCAGGGAGGAAACAAAAAGUAAAUCUGUAAAACCAUGGUGAGAAGAUCAAAUGUUUUUAUAAUAUGUAUCCUUUAUUAUUUGAUUCAUCAUCAUUUAAAUCAUAUUAGUGAUAGAUUUUUCUACUCUUUUCAAGUGAACAAACUUACACCAGUCCAUGAUCUAUAUAGAAUCUCCUAAUGAAAGAAUCUGGAUGAUUGUAACCGCAAAACCGCAAGGCAUUAAUACCUAAGCAUGUACUGUAUGUUUUCAUUGUCUGAGGUAUGUUUAUGUUUGUACAUAAGACUUUUUUUUCUUGAUAUGAAAUAUGCAUGAUCACCUUCAGGCUAUUUUAUAAUAAAGGAUGUUAAAAUGAGUAUGAGGACUGUGAAGAAGACACUGUGAACGUUAGCUGGUAACUCAAGUAACACACCUGGAAAUAUAGAUCCUUUUAAAGAAGUCCCUAGGUCAGAAACCACAACCACAGAUUUCACAUUUAAUUAAGUAACACUUGGAGUCACUUCAAUAUUGAGAAGAGAAAAAUAUGUCCUCUCCUGUGGGUCUCUUAAUUUGAACAACGUCAACCAGGCCAACAUUUCCUACUUUUUGUAUGUAUGCAGGGCUCCUCUCAAAGAAAUGUUCACUACGUAGGAAAGUGUGAUAAAAAGAGAAUAACAUUUGGAAAGGAAGGAUGUCAGAGCAUUCAUUACAACGAAAUGGUGUUUUCUCCAGCAAAACGUAGGGAGCCAAUAUGGCAGAGAGCGCCUCUUUGUAACAACUCUCCUUGACUGUGAGAAAAAUAGUCAAAACAACCGUAUCAAUGUGCAAUUAUUACUUCACAACCCUUGCAAUACAGAUAAACAGAUCUGCAAGACAAUUUGAAUGCACAGUUGCAUUGUUUUACAAAUACAAAUGGGUCCCAGGACCCAUAGAAAGAAUAACCCUUUGCAACAAACUAUGUUGGGACAACUGGAUAUCUACAUGCAAAAGAAUGAAUUGGGAUCUCUUACCACAUCCCAUAUACAAAAGUUAACUCAAAAUUUAUCAAAUACCUACAUGCAAGAACUAAAACUACAAAACCCUUAGAAGGCAACAUAAGUGGAAAUCUUCACGACCUUGGAUAUGACAAGUCCCUUAAAUAUGACAUCAAAAGCACAAGCAACAGAAGGAAAAAAGAGAAAUUGGACUUGGUUAAAAUUAAAAGCUUUUGUGCAUCAAAAGACAGUAGCAAGGAAGUAAAAAGACAACUUGCAAAAUGAGAGAAAAUAUUUACAAAUAAGAUACCUGGUAAGAGUUUAGUAGACAGAAUACACAAAGAACUCUUAACAACUCAUAACAAAAAAUUACCUAAUUUAAAAAUAGCCCAAAGACUUGAAAAGACAUUUCUCCAAAGAAGAUACACACACGGCUGAUGGCUGAUAAGCACAUGAAAGGUUCUCAGCAUCCUUAGUCUUUCGGGAAAUGCAAAUCAAAUCCAAAUAAGCUACCGCUCAUACUAUUGGCAUGGCUAUGGACAUCAAAACAAUCACAAUUGUGAAGAAUGGAGAAACUGAAACCUCCCAUGUAUUAACUGGUGGAAAUGUAAAAUUGUGCAGCCGGUAUGGAAAACAGUUUGGUGGUUCCUCAAAAGCUAAACACGGAUUUACUGUAUGACCCAGCAAUUUCACUUCUAGGUAUAUAUCCAAGAGAUUAGAAGCAUACGUUGAAACAAAAACUUGUCUGUGAACAUUUAUAGCAGCAAUAUUCGUAAUAGCCAAAAAAAAAAAAAAAAGGAAACACCAAAUGUCCCUCAAGUGAUGGGUGGAUAAAUAAAUGAGCUAUAUCCACACAACAGUAUUUUAUUUAGUCAUAAAAAGGAAAGAAGUAGAGGCAUGCUACAGAUGAAUCUUGAAAACACCGCGCCCCCAGGAGAAAGCCAGACACAGAAUGCCAUAUAUUUUAUGAUUCAGCUCACAUGAAAUGCCCAGAACUGGUAACCCCAGAGACAGAAAGAUUAGUGGUUGCCAGGGGCAAAAGGGAGAUAGGUAUGGGAAUUACUUAAUGCAUAUGGAGUUUCUUUUGCGGGUGAGGAAAAUGGUCUACAAUUCGAUAGUGGUGAUGGUUGCAAAACAUUCUGAAUGUACUAAAACCCACUAAAUCGUGUAUUUUAGACUGGCUAAACUUUACAUGUGUAUGAAUUUAUAAAUGAAUUUAGAAAUGUGAAUUUUAUAUUAUGUGAAUUUUAUCUCGAUUUUUUUUUAAAGAUUUUUAUUUAUUUAUUCGACAGAGAUAGAGACAGCCAGCGA